UGUUCGUGCCGCCAAAUUCAAGUUUUACAUCAACAUCUCGAUCUGUGUCUACUUGUUGAUAAUCUGCAGUUUCCUUCACUUGAUGAUGAUUCUAUUAUACUUGCAUCAUCGUUGAUGAUAUCAGGAUCAUGCAACUAAUGAUUGUAUUGUAGAGUGAAAACGCUGAUUCUCUGUGCUCGUUUUGUUCCUACAGCUAAAUUCAAGUCUUAUAUCAACAUCUCGAUCUGUAUACUUGUUGAUAAUCUACAGUUUCCUUCACUUGAUGAUUCUAUUAUACUUGCAUCAUCGCGAUGAUAUCAGAUUAAUGCAACUGAUGAUUGUAUUGUAGAGUGAAAACGCCGAUUUUCUGUGCUCGUUUUGUUCCUGCAGCUAAAUUCAAGUUUUGCAUCAACAUCUUGAUCUGUGUCUACUUGUUCAUAAUCUACAUUUUCCUUCACUUGAUGAUUCUAUCAGCUUCACGCAACUAAUGACUGUAGAGUGAAAACGCUGAUUUUCUGCGCUUUUUUUUGUUCGUGCAGCUAAAUUCAAGUUUUUCCUGAAUUCUUCGUUCUAGGUUAAAAAACUGUGCAUAGUAGAGAAACAUGGAUUUGCAGUAUAAUUCAUCAGCUGAUCAUGGCAGGUUUGAACAAAUAGUUUCACAAUUUCUUAUCAAAAGUUUGCAUAUGAUACUUGAUUCUAGAAUCCCAUCUGUUCAUCAUCAUAAUGGUGAAUACUUCUCUUCUAUUCCGAGUAAAAAGAGUAAUAGAUGGUUCAACUUAUUGCUUGGUGAUCGUCCUCCUGUUUUGGAUAAUUUGAGUUUUUGGCAUAGAAAUCUUGUUCAGCCAAUGAUUAUCGACAUAAUACUUGUUCAAGAAAUGACAGAUUCUUCAUCCAGAUCCAAUCAUACUCUUUCUGCAGCAUUUGAGUCUGGGAAAUCUGUUGAGACAUUACUAGAAAGAUGGACUGUUCAAUAUGAAUAUUCCAAAUCAAUGUUUCAUCAAUUUGGUGUUGAAUCUUCUUCUUCAUCUUAUAAGAAGAUGUACAAGAAAUUGAUCAUACUAUUGCGUACACUUUAUUCAACUAUGAGAAUGCUUCCUGCAUAUCGUCCUUUUCGAAAACUAUCUUCUAAAUCUGUUGAGACUUGUGAUUUCGAUAUCAAUUAUAAGGUAUCUUCAUUUGGUUCUCCACUUUCGAAAGAACAAGAGAAUUCAAUGAAACCAUGCAAUUUUUCUGCAGACUCUGCUCAUGGUAGACUCUCAGUGUCAGUUACAUAUCGAGAAAGUUUAUCUGGUUUAAACCUAGAAACUUCUACAUCAUUUCCUCCACAGAUAAUCGUUGAUUAUGCUGUUAGCCCUGCUGCAGAUCCAUUUAGGGCUUUCCCAUCUAGAUCACCUUCAUCAGCUCAAUCUCAGCCUCAUCGUCCACACAGUUGGACAAGUGGAAGAACAGCUCCUGUUUAUAAGAACAUUGGUUUCGAUGAUUACCAGCUUUCACCACCUUUCUCGCCAUCUCCUUCGUCGUAUUCUCCAAACCAUCUUCUUAAUAAUGACAAUUUUACGAAAACUCGCCAGUUAUCUGAAACAGCUCCUGUAAGCAUUACACAUCAAAUGAUGGGGAGAAGUCCUAAAUACCAAUCUCACAACCUUUCUGAUCCCAAUCGACAUCAACUUCCUCCUCCUUCUCCGAAGAACACAAGGAUGGAUAGUUCAUCUCAUGAUUCUUCUCCCCUUGGUAUUAUAAGAACGUCGAGGAAAUCAGAAUCCUCGAAGGUUUUGAAAGAUGGCAAAGAUGAUUCUGGCCGUUUUUCAGGGGUGCUAUCCUCUAGUGGCUCCCCGCACUUUGGAUUUUCUGGAAGCUCGAGUAGAUUCUCUUUACAAGAUGAUUUGGAUGAUGUUUUUUCAUGUCCUUUUAUAGUUGAUGAUGUUGAUCCUCCUCCUGUCAGGUACUACAAAUCUUCUCAUAUGUUGAACAUUUUAUGAUCCAUAUCAUGAUUUGAACUCCACAAGACAAUCAGAUAUAGGCAUAGACAUGACGAGAAAAAAGGUGGAUAUGAACAUCAUAAUAAUUCAGAAAGAUCUUCAACAGCUAGAAAAUCGCAAGAUGCUGCUGUGGGUGCCCUUGUUCAUAUGUUAAGGACAGCACCACCUUUGCGUC